AUGGGCCUGUUGAGACAAGAGUUACGAGGAGGACUUUGUAAUGAUUUGUAUUUUGUUAUUCUAGGACGAACGCUGCCGGUGCCUGUGUCCUGUAAGGUCUGUGGUGACAAGAGUUACGGGAAGCACUAUGGAGUGUUCUGCUGUGACGGCUGUAGCUGUUUCUUUAAGCGUUCUAUCAGGAGGAAGAUGGUCUACACUUGUAUCGGUAAAGGGAACUGUGCUAUCGACAAGGCUCGCCGUAAUUGGUGCCCUUAUUGUCGACUUCAGAAAUGCUUCUCUGUCAAGAUGAACAAAAAUGCCGUCCAAGAGGAGCGAGGACCACGGAAAAAUAAAGGCAAAAAGAGCGCAUGUUCAACCCAGACAAAGGCCGCGUCAACCUUACCGCAACCAGAGCACGAUCAUCAUACAGAUGGCUUCACGCAGUUCUCUACUCGGUCCAGCCAGCAGUCUACCCCCGGUAUUUUGCCAUUCAGUGCUUUCAAACCCCCGUUUUUUACGACAUCGGAAAGAGCUAUAUCUCUCAGCGGUGUACAGAAGGAUCAGCCUCCAUUCCAGGCUUAUCUGAAAACUAAAGAAGUCUACAAGUGUGGUGUUAACCAGAACUCCGUUAGUCUUCUCCAGGAAGUCUCCACACAAAUACUUUGCGCCGCUGUGCGGAGAGCUCGUGUCAAUUACAUAUUUGGAUCAAUCCAUCCACAUGAUCAGAAGAGUCUAUUACGGGACACGUGGGGGGAUCUAUUCCUUCUGAGCGCCGCCUACUGGCCUGUUGACAUUGCUAUGCUGAGCAUCCGGGCAGGGAAGACGGACUCUAAUAGGAGAUCCGCUGUGGAAAACAUCCAUCGCCUGCACAGCGCCAUAAUUGCCUGUCAAAUGUUGAACGCCGACGGUACAGAGUUGUCGUUCCUGGAGACAAUUGUUCUCUUAAAACAAGAUUCCAAACGGGACCUAGUUGACAGAACGAAGAUAGAAACCUUACAGGACCAAGCCCAACUCGCGCUUGCGCAUUAUGUGUCACAAGCUCAGCCCCACAACCCACGAUUCGGCAAAAUGCUCUUAACGCUGCCGUGUCUGAAAACAGUACCUCGUCAUCUAAUAGAGGACAUUUUCUUUGGACAUCUUCUGCAAGGGAAUGUCACAAUAGCUCAGAUAUUGUCGGACAUGUGA